AGCCCCCGCCCGGCGCGGCCGCCGGCUCCGCCCUCCGAGCGCCCGCGCGCCAGCACGCCUUUGUCCCCUCCAACCACGGCCUGUGGAGCUCGCGGCACCAUGAUCGCGACCAAGGAGAAGAAUAAAACCCCAAAGGACAGCAUGACGCUUCUUCCCUGCUUCUACUUUGUGGAGCUUCCCAUAGUGGCAUCCUCCAUCGUGUCCCUGUACUUCCUGGAGCUGACCGACCUCUUCCAGCCGGCCAAGGUGGGCUUCCAGUGCUACGACCGCUCGCUCUCCAUGCCCUACGUGGAGACCAAUGAGGAGCUCAUCCCGCUGCUCAUGCUUCUCAGCCUGGCCUUUGCUGCCCCUGCGGCCUCGAUCAUGGUCGGCGAGGGCGUGCUGUACUGCCUGCAGUCCCGGCUGUGGGGCCGCGGCGGGGGCCCAGGCGGGGCCGAGGGCAGCAUCAACGCGGGGGGCUGCAGCUUUAACUCCUUCCUGCGGCGCACCGUGCGGUUUGUGGGCGUCCACGUGUUCGGCCUGUGCGCCACCGCGCUGGUGACCGACGUCAUCCAGCUGGCCACCGGCUACCACGCGCCCUUCUUCCUGACGGUCUGCAAGCCCAACUACACGCUGCUGGGCACGUCGUGUGAGGCCAAUCCCUACAUCACGCAGGACAUCUGCUCCGGCCACGACACGCACGCCAUCCUGUCUGCGCGGAAGACCUUCCCCUCGCAGCACGCCACGCUGUCCGCCUUCGCUGCCGUCUAUGUGUCGGUGAGUCCUGGCCCGCCCCGAGCCCGGCCGCCGGCGGGGGCCGCCGCUCUGACCCGCCCCGCCCCGCCCCGCCCCCAGAUGUACUUCAACUCGGUCAUCUCGGACACCACCAAGCUGCUCAAACCCAUCCUGGUGUUCGCCUUUGCCAUCGCGGCGGGCGUCUGCGGCCUCACCCAGAUCACCCAGUACCGCAGCCACCCGGUGGACGUCUACGCGGGCUUCCUCAUCGGGGCUGGCAUCGCCGCCUACCUGGCCUGCCACGCAGUGGGCAAUUUCCAGGCCCCGACUGCCGAGAAGCCUGUGGCGCCGGCCCCUGCCAAGGAUGCGCUGCGGGCACUGACCCAGCGGGGCCACGACUCCGUGUACCAGCAGAACAAGUCUGUGAGCACCGACGAGCUGGGCCCGCCGGGGCGGCUGGAAGGCGUGCCCCGGCCCGUAGCCAGAGAGAAGACCUCACUGGGUAGCCUAAAGCGGGCCAGCGUGGACGUGGACUUGCUGGCCCCGCGCAGCCCCAUGGGCAAGGAGAACAUGGUCACCUUCAGCCACACGCUGCCCCGCGUCAGCACGCCCUCGCUGGAUGACCCCGCCCGCCGCCACAUGACCAUCCAUGUGCCCCUCGACGCCUCCCGCUCCAAGCAGCUCGUCAGCGAGUGGAAGCACAAGUCGCUGGAGGGCCGUGGCCUGGGGCUGCCGGACGAGGCCAGCCCGGGCCACCUGCGGGCCCCCGCAGAGCCCAUGGCAGAGGAGGAGGAGGACGAGGGGGAGGAGGGGGAGGAGGAGGGCGAGGAGGAGGGCGAGGAAGGGGGUCCGGCCCCGCCGUCACUCUACCCCACCGUCCAGGCCCGGCCGGGACUCGGGCCUCGCGUCCUUCUCCCGCCGCGCGCCGGGCCCCAGCCGCUGGUGCACAUCCCCGAGGAGGGGGCGCAGGCGGCCGCGGGCCUGUCUCCCAAGAGCAGCGCGGCCGUGAGGGCCAAGUGGCUCAUGAUGGCGGAGAAGAGCGGGGCCGUGGCGGCCGCAGCCUCCACACAGCCCCGAGUGGCCAACCCACCGCGGCUGCUGCAGGUGAUCGCCAUGUCCAAGGCGCCGGGCGGGCCUGGCCCCAAGGUGGCGGAGACCGCCUCGUCCUCCAGUGCCAGCUCCGACUCCUCGCAGUACCGCUCGCCGUCAGACCGCGACUCGGCCAGCAUCGUCACCAUCGACGCGCACGCGCCCCACCACCCCGUGGUCCACCUGUCUGCGGGUAACGGGCCCUGGGAGUGGAAGACCGCAGGCGGUGCGGCCAAGGGGGUGGAGGGCGAGGGUGGCUACGAGCUGGGGGACCUGGCUCGCGGCUUCCGCGGGGGACCCAAGCCACCAGGUGUGUCCCCCGGCUCGUCCAUCAGCGACGUGGACCAAGAGGAGCCGCGGUUCGGCACCGUGGCCACGGUCAACCUGGCCACAGGCGAGGGGCUGCCCCCGCUGGGCGUGGCUGACGGCGCCCUGGGACCGGCCAGCCGCGAGUCCACGCUGAGGCGCAAGGCCGGCGGCCUGGGGCUGGGCGAGCGCGAGGCCGUGGGCGAGGCCGAGGCCGAGAGCUACUACCGCAAGAUGCAGGCGGCCCGGAGGUUCAAGGACUGACGGGGGGCUGGCAUGCCGCAUGGGGGUGCAGCCGGAGGCCACUGGGCAGGCGGGCGGGAGGGGGGAACACUUCACAGGCAGACAAUAAAAGGUUGAUACCGGCUCGAGUCCUGAGUCUCUGGUCCAAGAACCCCCCCACCACGCACCAGGGGUGGGGGGUUGGAAAGGGGGUGCCCCACACUCAGCGGGGGGGUGGCCGAGUCCUGCCCCGCAACAGACAUGCAGACACACGCAGGCUUCCCCUGGGA